CCUCCGCCAUCAUCCAGCCGGCCAGGUCGGGUCGAAUCGAACGAAUCGAGUCGAGUCGUCUGCAAAGUCCAAGCUCCGGGGGGAGAGGGGGAGGGAGAGAGAGGCUCCAAAUGGCGUCCUCGCUGUUGCCUUCCCAACUGGACGCCGACGCCGACGACGCGCCCCGCACGCACUAGACCAAAACCUCAACCUCCUCGGCUGACUUCCCAUAUAAGUCGCCGUUCGGGCGCGCGGGGCGUCUCGCCGGAGCGGGGGAUCAGUCGCAAUGCCGGAGGCGGCGGUGGGGAUGGAUCCGGCAGCGGCGGCGUACGGCGACGAGGCGGAGCGGGAGGGGCAGGAGACUGAGGGGGAGGAGUUCUACGAGUCGCUGGAUCGGAUCCUCUCGUCCUCGUGCUCGUCCACGUCCGCCUCCGACGACGACGCGGGGGACCCGCACCGCCGGCGCCGGCGGCACCACGCGGCGGGCCAGGCGGCGCUGCCGCAGCUGUCGUCGUCCGCGACGUUCUCCGCCUACGAGGUCUGGAUCUCCGAGCCGACCUCCGUCGAGGAGCGCCGCCGCGUGCUGCUGCGUCGGCUCGGGCUCGCCUGCGACUCCGAGCCCCUGUCGCCCCCCUCGCCCCGCGUCUCCGACACUCGCUCGCCGACGCCUUCUCCCCCGUCCUCGUCGCCGCCCCGGCAGGUGGCGCCCGCGGAGGAGCCCAGAUCCAGCGGGCACGGGAAGCCGCCGCUUGCGCGGAACCCGAGCGGCGGCGCGGAGCAAUGCCGGAUCCGGAACCUGGACGACGGCACGGAGUUCGAGGUCGGGGAGGUUCACGACGAGGUGGUGCGGGAGGUCGGCACUGGUCGGCAGCUCACUUUCGAGGAGUUCGAGCUCUGCAUUGGUCGCUCUCCAAUCGUACAAGAGCUCAUGCGCCGGACCACCACUGCGGCAUCGACCUCCACCUCCGACCACGCUGCCCCCGCAUCCAAACCCCGAAGGAAGCCUGGAGGAUGGCUGCGCGGCAUCAGGCACCUGGCCGGAAGCGUUGCCUACGUGCGCCGCAGCACCGAUGAGAGGGAUAAGGAGAAGGAGAAGGAGAAGAAGGAGAGGGAGGCCCGCCGCCUGAGCUCCGCCACCGACGACAGCCUUGAUGGCACCGGCUCGCGCAAUGCAGGGAGGAUCAGGGUGCGGCAGUAUGGGAAGGCGUGCAAGGAGCUCACCGGGCUGUUCAUGACACAGGAGUUGGCUGCCCAUUCGGGCUCAAUUUGGUGUAUUAACUUCAGCUUGGAUGGACGAUACCUUGCAAGCGCCGGGGAGGACCGUGUCAUCCAUGUGUGGGAGGUAUCGGAGGGAGAUAGAAAGGGAGAGUUGCUCGGGGAAGGUACGGUGCCAAGGGAGAACGGUGGCGGCUGCAGCCCGUUUCUUGGAGCCGUUGGAAAUGGGUCACCAGAGGUAGCAACAUUGUCAUUGAGCUGCGCUGAUGGGGGUUUUGUGGAGAAGAAGAGAAGGCCAAGGAUGCAAAGCAGCCGGAAGUCUGUUGGCUCUGAUCAUCUAGUUGUGCCUGAAUGUGUGUUUGGGUUCAGAGAUAAACCAGUAUGCUCUCUACUGGGUCAUGCCGCCGAUGUUCUUGAUCUGUCGUGGUCCAAAUCUCAGUACUUGCUUUCAUCCUCAAUGGACAAAACUGUUAGACUGUGGGACAUCAGUACUAGUACCUGUUUGAAAACAUUCUCUCACACAGACUAUGUAACUUGCAUCCAGUUCAAUCCGGUAGAUGACAAUUUCUUCAUUAGUGGAUCACUUGAUGAAAAAGUUCGCAUUUGGAAUGUCCAUGAUCGUAAGAUUGAAGAUUGGAAUGAUCUUCAUGAGAUGGUCACUGCUGCGUGUUACUCCCCUGAUGGACAGGUUGCAUUGGUGGGGUCACACAAGGGAAGCUGCCAUUUAUUUGACACAACCGAAAAGAAGCUUCAGUACAAAAGUCAGAUAGAGCUAAGAAUCAGGAAGAAGAAGUCUGGCCAGAAGAAGAUAACUGGCUUCCAGUUUGCUCCCGGAAGUUCGUCAGAAGUUCUGAUAACCUCUGCAGAUUCAAGAAUCCGUGUAGUUAAUGGUGAUGAACUAGUUCACAAAUUUAAAGGGUUCCGCAAUACAAGUAGCCAAAUAUCCGCUUCUGUAGCUCCAAACGGGAAAUAUGUAGUCUGUGCCAGUGAGGACUCCCACGUGUAUGUCUGGAGGCAUGACAAUACUUCACAUCCAAGCAGAAGCAGGAGCGCAGUUGAUGUAACCAACUCGUAUGAGCAUUUCCAUUGCCAUGAUGUUACUGUGGCUAUCACAUGGCCUGGCGCUGAAUCCCGUGGGUCAUUUGGGUCCCGUAGCAGCAGAAACAGUGAUUCAGACGAUGCAGUGAACGCUGGUCAGGACGUCCCUGUAGAAAACAGUGAGCAUGAUCUGAACGGCGCUGUCAAUAGAUGCACCAAGCGCCCAGUUUGUGAAGGUGUUGCAAGCACAAGCAAUCCUCCAGUGGAUGGAGUAUCAACAUCCUGGCCUGACGAGAAACAAUCGUCUGCCAAGAGCAGUCCUGGUCACUGCUCAUCCGACCUAUGCAUUGGAGCAUUGGAUGUUCAGCGCCGGUCAGCGUGGGGAUUGGUGAUUGUCACUGCAGGACGGGGCGGUGAAAUCAGGGUGUUUCAGAAUUUCGGUUUCCCAGUUCAAGUGUAAAGCUAGUGUGAGCAUAUUCAGAGAUGUUCGUUUGUUUACUGUAUAGAUAUCGUUAGCUUUUCUCCAUUUCACCCUAGUUCUUUAACUAGUUGUUAAAAGAUUUCCCUGUUUCGCUGUAAGGUUGGGAGCCCCAAGAGCUCACUCCAACCCUCCAAGCACCACACUAUUUUUUUAAGUUGCUGAUACAAAGGCUUUGUGUAAUUGUAUGGGUUAACAGCCAAUACAUCGAUUUGUUUGUUCAUAUAUUGUUUCUUUGUUUAUACACUGAUUGAUAUAUGAAGAUGAUUUCUAACUUCAUG